UUCCACCGAGAUGUGAUGAGGGAGAACUAUGAGACACUGGUCUCCCUGGGGACAGCUCAGUUGCUUCCACUCUCUGCAUUCCUAUCCCUGACAGAGCCCCAAGAGGAUAUGGGGGACAAUGACUGUUCUGAUGGGGAAUGGGAAAGACCUGGUGGAGGAUUCCAGGGAAAAGAGCUGGAGAUCUCUGAUGCUGGUGCCUGUGCAGAUACCACCCAGAGGGCUCAGGCCCUGGAUGAGGCACAGAGCUCAGGUGGGGCAGGUGAAGUGGGACAGCACCAGAGCAGUCUUCACCUUAAUGCCCUAGUCCGUUUGGUAAAGGAGAUCCCAGAGUUCCUAUUUGGUGAAACUAAGGCCAUGGACACCCCAGAGGCCCUUGAGAGCAAGGAAAGUGGUUCAGAGGGGUCGAGAUUGAGCCUGGCAGCAGCCAUGACUGUGGAUACCAGCCCCCUCCAGGGAUUGCUGAACUGUCUCCCAGAGAUCCCUAUCAGCAGACCUGCCCUGGCCUUCACACCUGCCGGCAGCUCAGCCAGCAGCAGUCAAGGAGAUGGAGAUCCAGAACUGAGGAGCCCAGAGCUGGCACCCCACCCUCUGUACCCCUAUGAACCUGCUGCCAAAAUUAGUCCCUUAGCCAUCAAUAGGAACCUUAAUGGGAAAGAAGAUCCAGAAACAUCAGCUAGUCAACCCAAUACUCCUGGUUCUGCUGGUUCUCAGGAACAGAAGCAACUGGGAACCACAGGACAAGAUGCUGUAGGAAGUCCUUCUAAAAACAGCCCUCUCCAAGGCCUCAUCAACUGCCUGAAGGAAAUUCUUGUACAAGGACCCCAGCAUACACGGCCUCUUGCUAACGGACCACUUCCUCAAAGUAGUCCAGGGGAUAUAAGACUAAUGAAUCCAGACCAACAACCCCAGGGACCACCCUGGGCUGUGAAGGCAGAAACUGUUUCAGAGAAUUCCCCACUCCAGGGCCUGCUGAACUGUCUUAAAGAAAUCCCAGAAACCCAAGCCAGAUGUGCCGCCCUCCCAGGAAGAGGGGUGCAGCAGAGAGAUAGUCCAGGGACUUGGCAAAAGGAUUCUGGAGUUAAGAUGGAAAGAACCACCGAGGAUGCUUGGGCCCAGAGUCCUCAGAGCUACAUUCCCGAUACUCCUACUCCUGGGUCCUGUGAGCUCAGUGCACUUACCCACAGCUCUUCCACUAGUAGCAGUGUGGAGAGUGAUGGGAAUCUCGGACUCGGAGGGCCAGAGGCGCUAGGUUGGGCCCCAUUGAACCAAGCUGGCAGUGCCCAGACCUCACCCUUGGAGGCCCUGGAAACCUAUCUGAAGGACAUCCCCCUGAACAGAUCCUUGCGACCCCAGCCGCCAAGCAACUACUGGUGCCUCAGCCCUGGGCAAGGGGAGACGGUUCAGCGAAAGUCUGAUCCAAGGGCCCGGAAAUGGCAUAUGGAAGCAGUGACCGCGGGUUCUCUCCCUUCGCUGGGGCCACAUGGCUGCGUCAAGGAUCUCUCAGCUCAACGCCUGGGUCACCUGAGCACGCCCAGUAGCUUCUCUUCAGCCAGCAGCACAGACGGGGACGUGGGGCUCCGAAGCCCAGAAGGGAGCUGGGGUCCAUGGUGCAGAGAAGCAAGCCCACUUGGGAGCUCUCCCCUCCAGGGCCUGGAGAACUGUCUCAAGGAGAUCUCCACGAGCAGGCCCCACCUUAGCCAGACUGCCUCAUCAUUGCUGACCUCAGGAGGGGAUGGAAUAUUAAGAAGAGCAGAUCCCAGGAGCUGGGCUUCAGACAAAGAAGGACUGGGGGGUGAGCCCCAUGACUCUCUGUGCCCCAGGCAAGGUGGAAAAGAAGCUUCCUCAGAGAGUCUGAACCUAGGCAGCCCCCAGAGCAGAGUCUGCAGCUCCUUUGCUUUCCACCGGACUGGUGACAGAGACAAGAAGACCACUGACGUGGGGCCCAGGAAGUGCCUUGGAGAAGGGAUAGCUCCCAAGCCCUCUCCACUUCGAUGUCUGGAAAACUCCUUGAGGGGAAUCUUGGCCAUGAGGCCCCUGCGCUUCACCUGUUUGGCCAGCCCCAGCCUGAGUUCCGGCUCUAGCCCCAGGUCCAUCCACGGUGGUGGCAGCGGCAGCAGCAGCAGCAGCAGCAGCAGCAGCAGCAGUGGGGGCUCCGAGGGGGAAGAUCCGAGGUUGGAGCCUGAGCUGUGGAGGACUCAUCCCAAGGAGUGUCCUCUCCUCUCCAUCCCUCGGGGACCUGCCUCUCAGGCCAGCAGCCGUCCUGGCCCCCUCACUAGCAGUUCUGAUAGCCCCACGAGAAACAGAGACCAGAGGAGGAUGGAGCCUGGGGAUUGGCGAGCUCUCAAUGCAGCUUUGAAGGCAGAAGAAACUUCAGGAUGUAGCCCUAGGAUCCACGGGGAGGAUAUGCCUGCAGAAACCUCCCAUGGGCCCCCCACUCCCAGCAGCACUGAAAUGGGGCCCUCUGCUGCUCCGGAAGAAGCUGCCGACGUCCCAGCGCCCUGCCCGUCCUCUGGGGGGCCCGAGGUCCAGGGAGGCGCUGAGCGCCCGAAGGCUGUGCCUGGACAACUGAGAGUCACAAGUCCCGAGGACGCCACGCCAGCCACGCCGGACACGAAGGCCGGGCCCUCCACAGGACUGGCAGCAGCAGGGACUGAAGCUAUUCCCCAGUCCAGCCCACCAGAAAUACCUAAAGACAUCCAGAGCUGGGGUGGCUCUUCUGCCCUGACCUCCCAGGAAACUCUAUCACCACCGAGGCCAGAUCGAGGGAACAAACGCCUGUGUUCUCUGGGUGAGCCUGCUGCCAGCUGUUCUACAGCUCCGUCGGGCAGUCGGAUCCCCGGCUCAGCCGAGACCCCCAACAAGGCCCCGCGCCUGGCUCUGCCCGCGGGGGCCGCGGCCGCUCCCCCGGCCUCCUGCCAGUGUGGGGACGCCUUCCGGGGGGAGCUGCGCAGCCUCGGGGCCGCCCUCACCGAGCAGCUGAGCCGCCUCUCCUCCACGCUGGCCACCCUGUCUCAGGACGUGUCGGCCAUGAAGAAGCGCGUGAGGUUGCUGGGCCGGGACCUGCGCUCCCAGCAGAGGCUAGGAAGGGGGGCGCGGCCCUGGACCCCGUGCCGGAGAUACCACCGGGGCUGCCUGCGUUCUGUCCGGAGACGGCGCCGGGCACAGCAGAAGCCCGCUCAGCGACAGCCCCCACACCUUGGGGAGCAGCCGAGAGAUCUGGGCGUGGGGGACGCUCCCACCUUCCUCCAGCGGGAGACGCACAUGGUGCCCCAGCUGCCUCCGGAUGCUCCCCCGGGGGCGACUUCUCCCUUUGGUCCCCAUCGAGGCGCAUCGCCCUGCUCGCUCCUCCUGCCGUCUCCUUGUGCUGCGCUGCCGACCGUGCGCUCCCCUCAGAGACGGCGGGAAGACGACCAGAGCCCCCCGACCCCUCCCACUGCCGGAUCGGCUUCCCAAAUUGCCCCCCCUCCGAGUCCGGAGGAAGGCUUCAGACCUUGGCAGGAAACGGAGCCGUGCCCGUGGAGACCCACCGCGAACCCGGGCACGAAGGGAGCCUGGUCCCAGCAAGCCAGAGAGCCCUGCGGCCGGAUAUCCGAGGAAGUGACCACACAAGCCCAGCACGGAGGGCCCGGCUAACGGACAGGCCAGCCACUGGCCAGGUCCCUCGGAGAGGCGGCCUCCCUUUUCCAGG